AUGUACAGCCAGCGGUUUGGCAUCGUACCUUGGGAGGUUAAGGGCCCCACUCCCAAAGUGGUGCUCGUGAGAGCCAGGCCACCUAGAGACCAAGGGGUUGAAUCACAUCUGGAGAGAAUCCGACGUACCCAUGAGAAGCAUCAAGCUAUUUUAUCUUCCAUUAAGACAAAUGAGCGGAAUCGCUUGAAAGUUGAGUGGGACCAGCACAAUGACCGCAAGUUUUUGGACAGCCUUGUGCAAGCAAGAAUCAAGGAUGCCAUGCAAGGGUACAUCAUCAAUACUGAAGAAAGACGAAAUAAGCUACGUGAACUUUUAGCAUCAGAAGAAAAUGAGUAUUUUACUGAAAUGCAAUUGAAAGAAGAAACAAUUGAGGUAAAAAAAGAUAGAAUGAGAGAAAAAGCCAGAUUAUUAAAAGAGAAGAAAGAAGAGGAGAAACAGACUUUUGUGGCUGAAAAGCUAGACCAGCAAUUCAGGGAAGGCUGCGAGGAGCUCCGCAGUGAAUUGAUACGUAUCCACCAGAAGAAGGUGUGUGAGGAGCGGAAGGCCCAGGUGGCAUUUAACGAGGAGAGGAAGCGGCAGAAGCUGGUGGAAGAGCAGAUGUUCGCCAGGCUCUGGGAGGAAGACCGCUUAGCUAAGGAGCAGCGGGAAGCCCUAGAGGCCAGGAGGCGGAGAGAGCGGGUGGAGAGCAUGCGCCUGGGGCUCAAUGCUCAGAUCACCGCCAGCCAGGCGCGACAGCAGGCCCUGCGGCGGCUGAAGGAGGAGGAGGGGCGCCUUGUGGAAAGUGAUAAUGCACAGGUUAAACUUGAGAAUGAACAGGAGAAGCUGAAGAAACAGAAGACAAAGCAGGAAAUUAGGACCUUUUUGCAAAAAGCCGUCCAGGAGAAGAUAGAGCACAUGCAGCAGGAAUACAGAGAAGAGCAGGACUUGGACAUGAAGCUCGUGCAAAGGGCCCUUCAAGACUUACAGAAAGAGGCAGACAGAAAGAAGCAAAAGAGGGAAGAUAUGGUAAGAGAACAGAAGAUAUAUAAUGAGUAUGUGGCACAGCGACGCAAGGAAGAAAAAGCUCUGGAGAAAGAGCUGGACAGAGUAUUAGAGGAAGAGAAAGAGAAGAAGCUGGCUGAGAAGGACAGGGAACUGAAACUUGAGAAGGAAGCAAGGAAACAGCUCAUCAGUGAGGUCAUGUGCACAAGAAAACUCCAAGUUCAAGAAAAGUUGCAACGAAAAGCCAAAGAGCAGGAAGAACGUGCUGUGGAACAGCAACGCAUAAAUGAAGGUCUGAGAGAACUUAACUGUGAAGACAGAGAGAAUUUUGCAAGGCGCUGUGGUUUGGCCCAGGAGUACAGGCAGCAACUGCAGAUGCAGGUGGCCUCCCAGCAGCUGGCCCGUGCAGCUGAGAAGGCAGAGGUGCGCCGAGAGUACGAAGCAGGGGUAGCAGCCAACAGGCUUUGCCAGGACAAGAUCCAAGAGAUCCUGAGCAGCCCCCAGGCGCUGGCCCGGAACAUUCAUCCCAUGAGGAGAGGAUGCCGGACUCAGCUGCCACUCUAG